AAGGAAACCUGGAAAGCCGGUUAUCCUCCCCAGACAUUCAUUACACUCUCGGUCUAAUUCGGAGAUUUUACCAACUGGAAGGAAUCCAGCAAUCCAUUCCGCAUCUCGUCCUCGCAAGCUUCUUUCUCCUGACACGCAAAAAGAAGGAAGCACUUCUCUCUCUUCUCCAAGCAGCAAAGUCGAAAUCUGGUUUCAACAGGAGCUUAAAGUAACAGUGGGUCUAUAUUGGUCAAGACUCUCUCUCUGUAUUGGGUUCCCUGAAUGCACUGAUGAUCGUGGGUUGUUCUUCCCCUUUGCAUCUAAAGAGAAGGAGACUUACCAUAGUUGAUGUCAUGGAAGCUGAAGCUGCUAAGGCCAAGUUUGCAGCUGCUAAAGAGAAGUUCGGGCAUGAUCUCCAUGUGUUUGAAACAUCGGUAAUCUCCUCGUCGCUGUCUCAAGCGUCCAAUGAUGAGGAUACAGAUGAUUUUUAUGAGUUCACUACAGAGGAUUAUUAUCGACUUCUGCCGACAAAGAAGGAAGAUAAAUAUUUAAAGACAGAAAAGAUUCGAGAAGCAGAAGAAGCUGCUCGCAGGUCAAGAAUAACAAGAACUGCAAUUAGGAUUCGUUUUCCUGAUAAUCAUACAUUGGAGGUGGUAUUUCAUCCAUCUGAAAAGAUUCAGAGCUUAUUUGAUCUUCUCUCAAGAGUGCUUGCUCAGCCAGAAGUACCUUUUUACUUGUAUACUACUCCUCCAAAGAAGCAAAUCAAAGACUUGUCACAGGAUUUUUACUCGGCCGGUCUGAUUCCUGGUGCAAUCGUGUAUUUUUCAUACGAUAAGCCAAAUGGAGAGGACAGUGCAGCUUUCAGUUCUGGUCCCUUCCUCCAAGAAGAGGUUAUGUCUUUGAAAGGUUUGGAUGUUGUGCCUGAGCCAGCAGAGCCGGUCCAGACUGCACUGGAACCUGUAAGAACAGCUCCUCCUCCGGUACCACAAGAGCCCAAGGCUGCUGGGAAAAAGCCCGUCAAGCCAAAAUGGCUAAAAAUGUGAUCUGACAGAGCUCUUCUAGCCAAGAUCCAGCAUCCAAAAACAACUCUAUCGGAUAGAAGCAUGCACGCUUCUAAGGUUGUUUCUUGCUUUUAAUUGUGUGAAAGUUGCAACAGGUCCAGAGGAACUCACUCUCUUUCCAAUGACAUUUUUUUAAAAGGUUGUUUAUUGCUUAUAAUUGUGUGAAUACAAGUCGACUGUCAGAAAAAUAAAAGGGAAGAAUGGUUUCUUCUUUUUUCUUUA